AUGACCCAGCGGAACAAGAGCAAAACACUUCCCAAGGAGCUGCCACUCUGCCCUGGCCCAAAGCUCAACUUAUUUCGACAUCACGACUCGCCGAUUGAAUGGAUUGAGCGAUUGGGCGACUAUGGGGGAACCCCAAUCGAAGGCUACGUCUUCCGAGCAAGAAUCGAAAACCGGGAGUAUGCGAUUAAGGUGUUCAGGUUCUUCGACCCUACUGAAGAUCCAAUGCUCUAUAGUUAUCUGCUAGCUGAUCCUACUCUGGAUAACAUUGUCCAUUCCGAUGACCCAUUUUAUUGCGAAUGUAAAGCUUACGGUCGCAUCAACGAACUUAUUAAGAAAAAAAAGUCGCCGUCGCUUUCCAAUGUUGUCACCCCAUGUCAUGGCUUCCUCUUCCUCAGUGACAGGAACACUCGGAACUUGGAGAAGAAGUUCUUGGUUAAACUAGGUUUGGAUGAAAUCAACCUGGAAUAUCAAGAAAGCACCGUUGGGGGGCUGAUGCCCAGGGCUAUUGUGAAGGACCUUGCGCCAGACCCAUAUGAUUAUUGGGAUGGGAGAAUGUUGAAUACAAUGCUCCGGGGAGUCUUAAACCUCAACCGGCACGGCAUCUACAACCGCGACAUAAAGGAGAAUAACUACGUGGGAACGCAACUUGUGGAUUUUGGCAGGGCGUGGACAUUGCCGAAUCUCAUCUACGACAACUUCCCUGAUCGCGAAAAAGAAGAGGAAGUGCUCAUUGAUGUGAUUAGAUUCAAAGAGAUGGUCCAAGAAUUGUUUGAGUAUAAUUACAUUACAGCUGAGGACUUGCGAGCAGUAAGGCACCCCAUGACGCGUCGGUCAGACGUGGAUAGCAUACCAGGCGAGCUUUUAAAGCUUCUAGAGGACAGCCAGGACGACCAGGACGACCGAGAUAACUGA